GCUGCAACGUUUCAUGCUAAUGCUGCAGCAGUCCUUUUCCAAGCCGCUUUCCUUUCUCCCUCAUUGUCAUUGCAGCUUUCUUUCAGUAUUUUGUCAGUCUCGUUAGGCGCAUUCCAUUCUCUCUAUCCCUCUCUAGGCUAUCUGUAAUUCUUUUAGAAAUUACGGUUACAUCGCUUCCUCGCCUCCGAGUCUUCUUGGACCUUGCAGUCCCCGUCUAGAAAGAAUACUGCCCGCCGAUACUAUAGCUUAUCUGAACGCCUCAUCAUGUCCCCUAGAGAUUCAAAGGAAACUGAGGACGACGUCGUAGAAAUGAAGAAGGCAUUAGCUACUGGUUCGGCGAAAGAUGCUUCCCCAGUUUCCUCCGUACCUCCUAUACUUUGUUACUGCCUUGCCUCGAUUCUGAUGACCGUUGUAAACAAAGUGAGUGGUAUACGCUCGUAUUCCUACACUCUAAUCAGUCGACUUCAGUUCGUAGUAUCCGGACGGCAAUUCAACAUGAACUUCCUCUUACUCUGCAUACAAUCGUCUGUCUGUGUAUCGUGUGUAUACGUUGUCAAGAAACUUGGAAUCAUCUCGUUCCGAGACUUUGACAUGAAGGACGCGAAGUCCUGGUUUCCUAUCAGUUUCGCGCUCGUUAGUGUGAUAUACACUGGCAGCAAGAGCCUGCAAUACCUGAGUAUACCCGUGUAUACCAUUUUCAAGAAUUUGACCAUUAUCCUCAUCGCAUACGGAGAAGUGCUCUGGUUCGGAGGGCGCGUUACUGGCCUUACGCUGGUCUCAUUCAUUUUCAUGGUCUUGUCUUCGGUUAUAGCAGCGUGGGCAGACAUCAAUGACGCCUUGACGGUCAAUCUGAGCGACCCCGCUGUUGUCGAAGCAACAUCCUGGGACCUCGACAGAGUGACUGGCGUAGUCUCCAAGCUCAACAUCGGUUACCUCUGGAUGUUGGUCAAUUGCCUAACUAGCGCCGCAUAUGUCUUGGCCAUGCGCAAGCGAAUCAAAGUUACGGGGUUCUCGGAUUGGGACACUAUGUUCUAUAACAACUUACUGUCCAUUCCCGUCCUUGCUGUAUUCUCUAUCAUUGCGGAGAACUGGAGUGUAGAAAACCUCCACCGGAAUUUCCCCGAAGAGACGAGGGAUUUCCUACUAUCCGCUAUCGCAUUCUCAGGUGCCGCUGCUGUCGGCAUUUCCUAUACGACCGCCUGGUGUAUCCGCGCAACAAGUAGCACAACAUAUAGCAUGGUGGGGGCACUGAACAAACUGCCGGUCGCGGCCUCGGGAAUGAUCUUCUUUGGAGAUGCAGUCACUCUUGGCUCAGUGUCGGCUGUUACCGUGGGAUUCUUCGCAGGACUCGUAUACGCAGUUGCCAAGAAUAACCAGAAGAAAGCUGAGGCAGCGAGUCAGCCUGGGAUCAUACCGCUGACAAGCCGAAAAGAGUAACGAUAUUGUGCUAUGCUACAGGAUAGAAUGCAGGUUUUAAUAUUGUAUGCAAUUUCGCUCGAGGUCGGUGAUAGAGGUGGGCACUGUGCGGAUGAAGAUUCUCGGGCGAACGUUGUUGAACGGAUCCUGCCGCUGUAACGCCGUGAGUAUGAGUGGCUGCCUGUGGCUGCAAAAAGUUCUUGGGUUUCGGUUAUGUAGUUGCCUGAGAUCGGAGAUUCGACGGCCAGAUAAGGUUCCAUUGAUCUACUUAUCUCCUCCUUCCUCUUUCCGCCGUGUACUCUUUCCUUUCCCCGCUUUACUUACUAGUCGUGUACAUCGUUGUGCAGGACAGUCUUCUUGUUUCAAACGUCAUCGCUGUAGUGUCUGCGCAACGGAGAACACGGCUAGCGUCGAAAUUGUUGCUCUUGGUUAACUCUUGAUUCUGACAUAAUGGCAUCGAGCGCAUCCUCGUC